UAAUUGUGAACAAGGCAUUAGAAACACUUGUUUUGAGGUUGUAACCAUAAAUUACCAAAUGUUUCAGUUGGUUCCAGUAACAUGCAGCCAAUGUAAGCAGAAUUACUGUUUAAAACAUCGCCAUACCAUUGACCACAGUUGUCAAGGGUUACAGGGGAACUCUCGUGUUAUCUCACCCAUGGGGGCAGCAGCAUUAGCUCGAGCCAAGAACAAACCAAAGCCAAGUAGCAGUUUAGCAACUAAGACUACAACCAGUAGUCACCCAAGGUCUUCUGUGCCUUCCCACAGUAGCAGUACAAUUAAUACAUCGGUUACUGCUAUUCAGGGCAACCUGAGUGAAGACGAAGCAUUGGCUAUAGCUCUACAACAGUCGGCGUCACAAUCUCGGACCCCGUCACAGGCAGUAGAUGCCACUAGUAGUUCUCCAAUUAAUCAGGAAGAGGAAGAUCGACAGUUAGCCUUAGCUUUAGCAGAAAGUGAAAGAAAUCAUCGGCAGGGGCAGAGGCACCGAAGGAAUAACAGUCAUCAGUGUAAUGUUGCCUAAAACAGUGGGACCAUCUUUUUGCAAACAGGCUGGUGAAUUAUGAAUUUAAACUUUAUAUAUAUAAAUAUUUAAGUAAUAUUUUUGAAGAAUUAUUUUAUCACUUCUUAUCUGAAAGAUCACUUUUGUAUAAGGAUCGACCUUAACCCAUUUCUAGAAAGUGUGUGAUUGUAAAAUUUAAAAACAUCAAGGUUUAAGUACUAAAUUUUAUUUUUGCACUGCUUCUGCUGUCAGUUUCAAGAUUACGGUAAAUGAAAAGAUAUACUAGCUUUAAAGGUUUGGUGUUGUGGAAAGUAAAUAUUCUUAUUUUUUACCCAUUUUGGAGGUGGGAUUAAAGAAACUAACAACAAAUGAGGUAUUUUGAGAAAAACGUUGGAAAAAAUAGUUUAGUAGUGGCAUCUGUAUAGCAGAUGGUUGGUCUGCAGUAUAUUGUGGAACUGACUUUUCAUAUUAAAGUGUAUUAUGUGGGAUAUUGUGAUGAUGAUUUUAAGAAACCUUUAAGCUUUACAAACUUGCAUGUCAUUGUGUUUAAUGAAACUGUAAUAAAAUACAUCAGUGUUCUUGGUUAGCAUUCUUCCUUAUUCUGUACCAAAACUUUGAUCCUGGUUUUUACAAUAAAUAUGAGUCUAACGUGA